UGUACUCCUAACGCUUACUCCAUUUCUCAUCAUCUAACUAUUGGCUUCUCCUAUAUGAGUCUAGUCGAAUAUAUUUAUUUUUGAUUCGUACUCGAUCCGCCGGUUUGUCACCCUCCCUUUAAUCACCUUCAUCUCCUUCUACUCUUUAAGUGUUAACUCCAUUUCUCAUCAUCUACGUAUUUAAAUACAUGUGAAAAUCGUGGAGAAUGGGGUUGUGUUUCUCUGUGAAGAAGAGGCCAUUGAAGCGUUUAACGAACCAAUCAUUGGCGAGUCCAAGUAACCGAUGGUGUAGAUUUCGUUCGUCGAGAAAGGAAGAUUGUUUCGCUGAGGAUCGAGCACUGGCAGCUGCGAUUCUCUUUCAGCAACGGUUGCAGCAAAACGGUAGCAGUGUUCCGUUUGAUCGUUCAACGUCGCUGCGGUAUUCGAAUUGUAAGUCUAAUAAGAAGAAUCAGCAAGCACUGGCACGUAGCUCCAGUUCUAGGUCUCGAUCAAUUACUGAUCCUCUGCUUCACCCUCACCAGCUUGUUAACAAGAAUGGACAGGUAUUAACGAUCGAUGAUUUAGAGACAAAUCACUUUGUCCUUGUCCAUGGUGGUGGAUUUGGAGCCUGGUGUUGGUAUAAAACCAUUGCACUUUUAGAAGAGGUAGGAUUUAAGGUUACUGCAGUGGAUUUAACUGGUUCAGGCGUUCAUUCUUUCGACACAAAUAGCAUCACCAGCCUAUCGCAAUAUGCAAAGCCACUCACUGGUUUUCUUGAAAAGCUUGCCGAUGGAGAGAAGGUGAUUUUGGUAGGACAUGAUUUUGGUGGAGCUUGCAUAUCAUUCGCGAUGGAGCUCUAUCCCUUUAAAGUUUCAAAAGCUGUAUUUGUUGCUGCAACAAUGCUCACUAGUGGACAAAGUGCCCUCGAUAUCUUCUCAGAAAAGACGAAGUCAAAUGACCUUAUGAGAGAGUCUCAAAUAUUUAUCUAUGCAAAUGGGAAUGACAAGCCACCAACUGCCAUUGAUCUGGACAAAUCACUCGUGAAAGAAUUAUUAUUCAACCAUAGUCCUGCUAAGGACGUCGCAUUAGCUUCUGUUUCAUUGAGGCCAAUUCCAUUCUCUCCAGUACUUGAGAAGCUUUCUUUGUCUGACAUCAAGUAUGGUUCCAUCAGACGGUUUUACAUAGAAACAACAGAAGAUAAUGCUAUACCAAUAGCUUUACAACAGAACAUGAUAAGCCAAAAUCCACCAGAACGGGUUUUUCAUCUCAAGGGUGCUGAUCACUCACCUUUUUUCUCCAAACCGCAAGCCCUACACCGAAUUCUGGUAGAAAUCUCAACGAUUUCAUCAACAUGAAGUUGUUUCUCAUUUCCUGUAAGAAAAUUUUCAUAAAGUUUUACUGAAUUCCAAGCAAUUCAGGUGCUUCCUACACUUAAAACUGCAUCAGAAGCAUGUACUUAAAACUUCAUCAGAAGCAUGUAGAAUAGCCCCUCAUAUAUAUGCACAACAUAUCCAGCUGAUUCGUUCUGUCUGUUAUUCUAUGUAAGAAGUAUGUUUCUGGAAUGCUUCCACUGAUGCCUUGUGUUUUCCAACAGCUAGCUAUUUUCAAAUUGUGGGAGAUUGUUGAAAUUGUAGAGAGAAUUCAGAGCAUAAAUGAGUUUAUGAAUAAAAUACUUUUGUACGAGAAGUCUUUCUGUACACUUGAUGGAUGGAUCAGAAAGCGCCAAUCCAAAGCUAUUCAGAAACUGUUUGACUCACAAAUUUUUAUUUUGUGCUAUGUAUUUUGACCAAGUACAGGCUUGCCACUCCCAGACCUACUAAGGAACCAUUCAUUAUGUAAAGAUAAACAUUCAUUAUCACAAAGGAAGGAAGUGAGAAAGAGUAUACACUUAAAGCUUCAUUUCAAUUAGUUUAAACAUUGUAUCACAUGUUAUAUCAAAACAAAGAAGAAACUUCUGUCUUU